AUGGCCGUCAUCACCAUCACCUCGCUCCAGCAGUUCGAAGAGCUCAUCGCUAACAACCCCAAGGUCGCCGUCGACUUCACCGCCACCUGGUGCGGUCCGUGCAGGCUGAUCAGCCCCGUCUUCCACAAGCUGGCCGAGACUAUCGAGGGUGUUGUCUUUGCUACCGUCGAUGUCGACGAUGUCAGCGAGGUCGCCCAGAAGAACGGUAUCCGCGCCAUGCCCACCUUCAUCUUCUUCAAGGAUGGCGUGAAGUCCGACGACCUCACCGGCGCCAACAAGGUCGGCCUGGAGGCCAAGGUCAAGGCUCUUGCUGCCUAA